AUGGACAUCUCCGAACCACCUGCGAUUUUUGCACUCAAUCCAAGCUUAGAUGCGACCAUGGAAAGCCAUCAUGCCGUCGCUGCCUUGAACGAAACCAACCCUGCGUUUACAGUGCAGCUCGCCGUCGAGAACAGCCCCUCGAUCCUAAAUAGUAGCGAUGGCGAUCUUACUGUGUUGAAUCCGGACCAAGAGGAUACCAUGUCUUCCAAUGCGGCCCCCAGUCAUUCAGCAGACUACGCAUUCGAGCUCGGAUCUGACUUUGAAUUCGACAUCGACAAUGCGCUUAGCGGAAGCCUUAUGUACAACUUUCCUUCAUUCACCCUUCAAGGAGAAGCACAAGAGCAUAUACCUACUUCGCUUACGACUCACGAGUACCGCAACCUGGGUAAAAUGGGUUCGCGAUAUUCUGCGAACCUGCCGCUAUCUACGACAUGCCCUGCGUCCCUCGAUAAACCCUUCGAGCCAGAAUUGCAGGGGCAUAAGGGGCAAAGCUCCUUCGGACGCCCUGAUAGAUUUUUUCUAUCAGGCUCAAUCGAUGUGAGAACAUCACUUGAAGAGGGAUCAGCGUUCCUAGAGGCCAACAAUCUGAUCAACGCUGUCGCCAACGGAAACAAGAGCGAUCAAAGUCCCACAUCUGAGUCGUGUUGUGCUUUCAUCCAGUGUUAUCUCAGGUAG